AUGGCACAGGCGAGGAUCCAAGGUGUCAUGUCUGGAAGCAUGUUGGCUGUGUUAUUAUCCCGGAGAAGUAUAUGGGAGGAAAUUCACCGCUUCCUGAUUCAUUUUACUGUGAAAUAUGCCGACUUACAGGCUGACCCCAUUCACUGCGUGAUGGUAAAAGGGGAAAAUUUGUUGAAUGGAGAAUGCACAAAAAGAAACUAUGGAAGCGAACGGGUUGCAAAAACAGAAGUGCAAGGAGAAUGGCUCAAGGAGACUCAAAACAUUAACAAGUCACUAUCUGCUCUUGGUGAUGUCAUAUUCGCUCUUGCCAACAAAAGCUCUUAUAUUCCUUUCAGAAAUUCAAAGCUCACGCACUUACUUCAGGAUUCUCUAGGAGGAGAUUCGAAGACCUUCAUGUUCGUACAAAUCAGUCCUACCGAGAAGGAUCUAAGCGAGACACUAUGCUCACUGAAUUUUGCUAGCAAAGUUGAGAAAUGGAAGCAAGACAUGAAAGGAAAAGACGAACAGAUGAGGAAAAUGGAGAAAACGAUGUUCGGCUUAGAAGCAACGAUUAAGGAACGAGACACUAAGAAUAAAACCCUUUAA